GCCUAUGCACCGACGGAUUGCAGCCCGGAUGCAAUGAAGGAUGAGUUUUACUACCAACUGAGCGAUCUCUUGAAACAGGCGGGUCGGAGGGAUAUCGUAGUGCUGGCUGGGGACUUGAAUGCACAGGUGGGGCGUCUAAGCUCAGAGGAGAAUCGUCUAGGUGGUCAGUGGGGACUACAUGGUCGCAGGUCAGAUAAUGGGGACCGUCUUCUGCAGCUUUGCGCGGAUCACAACCUAUUUCUAGCUAGCACCAACUUCCGGCACAGCCAUCGCCGUAGCGCUACCUGGCGUCCUCCCUCUGCGAAGCAAGCUUGGACUCAGAUUGAUCAUAUCGCGGUGAGUUUCCGGUGGCGAGGAUGCAUACAAGACUGUCGCUCAUUCUGGAGCACAUGCCUGGACUCCGAUCAUGCGUUAGUGUGUGCCAAGUUCGUCUUGCGAUUUGGUGGGGUUCGUAAAAGCCGUCGUCUAAGCGUUGAUGUGAGCAAACUGGUAGCACCUGCUACUUCUUUGAAAUAUCAGAAUGAGUUAAAAACAAUGCUUGCCAGCAACCCCCCAAGUAGUAUAGAUGAACAUUGGCUUCAUGUGCAAGGUGCCAUGCAAAAGGCGAGUGUAGCCGCUUGCGGCUUGAAAGAAUGCUCCGCUAAUGCUUCGCUAUUUGUCUGUUCACUUUUAUUUGCCUUUCUAAGAUAUAUAUCAGGAAAUAGUAAAGGCCCCCAGGCAACUCGAUGUACAGUUGAACCAAAAGCAUACAGCUGCAGUUUAGGCUUUUGUGAUUUCAUUUUUCGUAGCUUAUUAAUAUCUACAAUCUCCACACAACCUGAUUCCGUGCCAUAAGCAAUAACAUUCUCAAACUGCGGUAAAGGAUGACAAGACAGUGUGGUUAUGGAAGAUGAUUUGUAUCCUCGAGGUGAUAUUGAAACAAACUUUUCUUUGUUUUGAUUAUCAGAAGAAUUUCUUUCGCCAGACAAUUCUGGCGCAGGAAAUUUCCAAAAUAAGAUGGAACCGUCUGAAAGACCUGCAACUAAGGGACCAUUGCUAAAUUCAGAUUGAGCUAAAGAGCAAACACCUGCAGAUAUUGUAGGUACUUUAAGGAUCACUGAUAGGUUGGAUCCUUCCACCAACUGCCAAACAAUCAAAAAUCUAUCUUGACUGGAAGUGAUUACCAGUCCUGGUGAAUUAAGAAGGUGGAUUAUUUCACUGGGAUCGCAAAGGAACGCCUAACUCCGUGUCGCUUGACGGUCAGGGACAUUCUAUGUUAAUUUUCUCAAUGCACUACCUUCUUAAUUCACCAGGACUGGUAAUCACUUCCAGUCAAGAUAGAUUUUUGAUUGUUUGGCAGUUGGUGGAAGGAUCCAACCUAUCAGUGAUCCUUAAAGUACCUACAAUAUCUGCAGGUGUUUGCUCUUUAGCUCAAUCUGAAUUUAGCAAUGGUCCCUUAGUUGCAGGUCUUUCAGACGGUUCCAUCUUAUUUUGGAAAUUUCCUGCGCCAGAAUCGUCUGGCGAAAGAAAUUCUUCUGAUAAUCAAAACAAAGAAAAGUUUGUUUCAAUAUCACCUCGAGGAUACAAAUCAUCUUCCAUAACCACACUGUCUUGUCAUCCUUUACCGCAGUUUGAGAAUGUUAUUGCUUAUGGCACGGAAUCAGGUUGUGUGGAGAUUGUAGAUAUUAAUAAGCUACGAAAAAUGAAAUCACAAAAGCCUAAACUGCAGCUGUAUGCUUUUGGUUCAACUGUACAUCGAGUUGCCUGGGGGCCUUUACUAUUUCCUGAUAUAUAUCUUAGAAAGGCAAAUAAAAGUGAACAGACAAAUAGCGAAGCAUUAGCGGAGCAUUCUUUCAAGCCG